AAAUAUCAGGUUUGUUUAAUGCGUCUCAUAGGAGGAAUUCUCAAGGUAGGAACCUUGUAUCUGGAGCUCUGUGUUGCAGGGGAACAAAACAACAGUCGGGUCGAUUAGCUAGCAGCUAACGGAGAAGCUGAACGAUGGAAAAUCAUUGGCAUCGAGCAAAGAAAGCAUGUAAGGAGAUGCAGAAACUACUGGAUCUGGGUUCAGAACUGUCAGCUAUUAUUAAAAACUGGAAGGAUGGUGGGAAACGUCGUCUUCCAGGAAGAAAUGUGGUCAGAAAAACAUCCUGAAUGAUGCUGAUCGGUGAUCACUUCAACGUUUGUUAAAAUCAGAUGGAAAGUAAUAACAUUUCUAAAACAUGAACAUUUUAGACUUAAAUACUCCCAUUUCCAUCGCAGUGUCUGACUGCUGUAUUGGUGAAAGAUAAGCAUCCUGAACACUGGAAACGCUCCUGGAUACAUCUCUGAGUUGCUGACCAGGCAUUGCAGGGAUGCUCCAGAGCUGGAACCCUAAACCGGAAAACCGCAGGUGGCUCGGUUUGGUGUCCCCCAAACUGCCAGCAGCCACACCAGAACUGGAGGAGAAAGACCUUGAUGUCCAGCAGCUGGUGAUUAAAGAGGAGGAUCCCUGGAGUUUGAACCAGCAGAACCCAGAAACCCGACACAUAAAAGAGGAAAAGGAAGAACUCUGGCCCGGUGGGCAGGAGGAGACUGAUAUCAGCAGGUUCUCAUUCACUGCCGUUACUGUGAAGAGUGAAGUUGAUGAAGAGCAACCUCGGUCCUCACAGCUUCAUCAGAUCAAAACUGAAGACAGCAGAGAGACAGAACCUCCAACCAGCAUGAAACUAGAACCUGAUGAAGAGGACUGGGGAGGACCAGAAUCAGACAGGAAGUCAGAUCCAAGUAGUUAUUUACAACAAAAUAUCAAUGAGAAGGUUUGUGAGAAUGAAGUCAGUAUUGAUGAUAGUCAAUCUGAUGAUGACUGGCGAGACCCUUUGUCAGAUUCUGGACCUGAAACUGACGACCCUGAUUGGACCGAGUCCAGAGAUCCAGAGUUAGCUGUAAAUACAGACGCCACCAAAAAAGUCCUUACAGGAGGAAAAGCAUUCAACUGUGGCCUCUGUGGUAAAACCUUUACACGUCUGCAAGGUCUGAAGAUGCACUCGCUCAUCCACACGGAGGAGAAACCGUUCGCUUGCAGUUUAUGUUCUCAAACAUUUAAGCAUCGCUCAACUAUGCAGAGACACAUGAAAAUCCACACGGGGGUGAAACCUUUCAGCUGCGAAGUUUGCAGUAAAACAUUCAGCCAACAGGCCAUCCUGCAGAGACACAAAAGGCUCCACACCGGAGAGAAACCCUUCACCUGCUCUCUCUGUGGCAAAACCUUUCUGCAAAAGACGCACUUGAAGAGGCACACGAGAACUCACACAGGAGAGAAACCGUUCCGCUGCAGCGUUUGUGCCAAAGGAUUUAAGGAGAUGACACAUUUAAAGAGACACACCGAAGUCCACACGAGACAGAAAGCUUUUCAGUGUCACGAAUGUGGGAAGACUUAUAAUCGACAGGGAAACCUGCAGAAACAUGCGAGAGUUCACUCUAGAGAUGCAGCAUUUGGUUCUGCUCUUUGGGGUGAGGAUUUAGUUCGGCAGUUCCAGGGCUGGUUCGGAGACUGUCUCUAACCUCAGACCAGUUCCCAGCCAUAUAAACGGGUUAUAACAGAAUGGAUAAAUCUGCAGAUGUUCUUAGUGGACUGGUGGAGGCUCACAUGAAAAGUAGCUGAUGCUGUAAGAACCACAGGCCAGAUGCAUAAAGCACCUUAAGUCUUUUUUCUUAAAUGUCACACUAAUAAUUUCAUUUAUUCUCCAUUGAGAGUCUUACUUAACCCUUAAUACUCAAGAUGACAUGAUGAUGAAGCCACUUCCUGUCAGACUUUCCACCAAUCAGAGAGCUUAGAUUGACGGUAACGUCCAAUCAGGAGCAGCCAAAGAUCAACCAGUGAGCAGAAAGUUCUAUGUGU